GUACAUCUAAGUAAUGUAGUAUAAAAACAAGAAUAAGCAAACAGUCUAAGAGACUUGCAGGUAGAAAUCAAAGUUGAAUGGCAAGUAGGGUGGCCGAACUUGAAGUGCUUAUAAGGGAGGAAUUUGAUGGGCAGAAUCGUGGAGAGGCAACAAUGGAUUCCAUGAAAUCAGAUACCAACUCUGUCGAUCAGAAGUUGGAAGGUUUUAUCGAUUUAUGGAAGCUCAUGUUCGGUUUUAUGUACUCCCUGGGCCUGCGAUGGGCUGUGGAAUUGGAAAUCCCAGACAUCAUUGCCAAGUGUGGACCUGAAUCGACGCUUUCCGCAGAGGAAAUUGCUGGAUUUCUGCCUUCCCCUUCUCCCAACAUAGAUUUCCUCUCCCGCACACUCUCAUUUCUGGCAACCAGAGGUAUUUUCUCCCAAACCCUAAUGCCCAAUUCCCCCAUUAAAUACGGCCUUACCCGCAUUUCAUAGUGGCUUGUCAAAGACACAGACAAUGGAGGAGCAAAGGAAGGCACUUUUGCUCCCUGGUUGUUACUGCACACUCACGAAGCGGUAAUUACACCAUGGUAUCGUUUGGGUGAGAGUAUUUUGUCCGGGAGCGGUUUUCCGUUCGAGCUGGUUCACGGAAAACUGCUUUUCUCCCUGGCUGAGAGUAAUCCUGAGCUUGGCAGGCUGUUUAACGAGGCAAUGGGUACAUAUUCGAAGAUUCUGGUGGAAUACAUUUUAGCGGCUUAUGGCGAUGGAUUCAGAAAGCUGGAGUUUAUGUCUCUGGUGGACGUUGGCGGCGGAAAUGGUUCCACAAUUUCUGCCAUUUCCCGCUCUUUCCCUAAUAUCAAAUGCUGUAACUUUGAUCUCCCUGAAGUAAUCUCAGAGGCUCACAGUUAUGCUGGUGUGCAACAUAUUGCGGGUGACAAGUUUGUCAGCGUUCCAAAUGCAGACGCUAUAUUUAUGAAGUUAACAUUGCAUGACUGGGGAGUGGGGAGACGAGGAGUGCAAGAAAAUUCUGAAAAACUGUCAUGAAGCUCUUCCAAAGCAAGGCAAAUUGAUAAUGGUAGAAUCGGUGUUGCCAGAGCCAGAGGCGGGGCAAAGCAAGUCCAGCUGGUGUGAAGAAAUAGGAGGAAUAAGAGAUAUGAUAAUGCUGUCACACCAAAGAGGCAAAGAGAGAAGGGAAGAAGAGUGGAUAAAAUUACUGCAGGCAUCUGGGUUUAACCGUUACAAUAUCAUCUCUUUGCCUUCUGAGCCUUUGCAAAUGUCAAUAAUCGAAGCUUUCCCUGCUGACGGAUAGCUUGGAAUGUACUUGUUUGUUUGGUAGAUUAAGCUCUCUAAUGUCGUUUGUCUGCCAGUAAAAAAUUAUGCUCUUAAGUGAGGAACCCUAAAAAAAAUUUUCAAUGCUCUUAGGUGAAUGAUUAGAUGUUUGUAUGAAUUAGAAUACCAUGCCAAUCAUUAGAUAAUCUUAUAUUUAAAGCUAUUUAUUUUUCCAAAGUUCCACAUUUUAUGAUUGAAAUCUAGAUUUUAGUA